GCUCUCAGUAGGUUAAUUACUUUAAAAAAGACAUUGUCCUUUGGUAUGCCGUUGUACUUAACCAUGUCUGCCCUUUAUGGCUGCAGGCACUGCAAGAGACAGAGAACUUUACUACUGAUGUGUAGAUUUGCUGCUGUGGUUAAGUCAUGUGGCUGAUAGAUCAAGCAAGGUAUUUGGGGAAUUCAGUCAAUGCGCAUUUUAAUGGCUAAUAAAAAUAAUAUUUACAUGCACUGCCAGUUGAUGACCUGGGCUAAUAUUAACAGUUUCAUGUUAUUAGAUCUGAAAACUCUUCUGAAACGUUCCUCUAUUCUUUCAAACUCAUUAAUCAUACAAUAAUAAACUUAAAGACACAGACUGAAGUUGAACAAACUUGUUUAGCAAAUGAUUAGAAGUAUGAUCAGACAUUUGAGAAAGUAAAAUUAUGCUUUGUCAUAAUGUGACUAACACACAAGGAAGCAUAUGAGUCUCUUGUGAGAACCUGAUAUUUAUUUUCCCCCUUUCUUUUGAAUAAACCAUUGUUCUAAUUGUCCUUUACUGGUAAGACUGGAUGUGAAAUAUGAGAGCAGACAAAGGAUUGAGUACCAUGGAGUGUUGAAAUAAAAAAGUAGGCUAUCUCUGCUCCCGGCCCCACCCUGAGGAAUAGGGUAUAAACUAGCCCAAGUUAGCACUGAUGAAAAAAUAAGCAAAACUGCACCAGUGGUUCAGGAACUAGAAGUUCUCAUACAUACCACCCUAUUGAAACUUCCAUAACAAUAGGCAGAUAGUGGCCAGGCUUGUCAUGUGCUACACCUCAGGCAUUUUGCAAAGACAAGAGAUAGAGGCACAUCUCUUAAUUGAGCCAUGAAUAGCAUUAAAGUACUGCAAGUAUUCCCUUCAAGCACUGAAUAAAAAAGAUAGGCGAGUAGAGUAGUAUGCUACGCCUAUUUAGAGAAUUUGGAUCACAAUGAGAUUGUGAGGCGUAGCUGUGUGUGGUCAGCCGCAGAAAAAAAAAGUGGAUCAAGUUGAACAAGACAACUCAAGCUAUAAAGCCUGUAAAGUGUCUAUGAAUGUAAAGAGAUAGAGAUAUUUUCCCCCUCAUCUUCAAUAUUUAUUUUGUGUUUGCCAUUAACACUUUUUUAUAACAAAUGACUGGUAUUGUGUAUGUAUGUAUUGUGUAAUAUCAAAAAAAAUGCUGUUUAUCCGAAAAGGAACCGGUUUCUUGUAUUUUGGAAUUCAUGAGAUUAGGUUUUUCCUGGAAACAUCUUUUGAACUUUACGUGAAUAUUUUGUGCAAAACAUGCUGUGUGUGGUAAUAAUAUGGUAUUGUUCAUAACAGAUUUAUUGACAUUUAUGACUCUUUGUACGGUAAACCCAUGUGUUUUUGAAGGCAUAUAAAAGCCAUGACGGCUCAGACUGCUUCUCAGGAUCACACUAUACAUCAGGUAAGCUUACAGGUAUCCUGAAAGCUUCUCUUGAUUUUUAGCAGGUCGCUGUUUUGGUGAAAUGACACAAUCUUGGUUUUGGUAUUCAAUUUCAAUUUCACUUGCCCUGAUGUUAUUCUUGAUUUUAUCAGAGAUGGAAAGGAAGAGUGUGGGUGACUUUGUGGAUUAUCAUUCAAUACAGCUCUGUCAGAACCAGAACCAAAAGAGGGGGAAACUAAAUCCUAUUUGUUGAUUUGAAUGAGCUGUUUUGUGUAGCACUGAAAGGGUGACAAUUAUGCUGAUUUUGUAUUCACGGAAAUGUUUCACUUGGGCGGGAACUGCCUUUAAAGGAAACCGGUGAAUGGGUGUAGCUAUUAAACCUGUGAUGUCUCACAGCAGAACCAGAUGCAGCUAACAAUUCAUUUGUGAACAGAUCCUACAGAGAGGAAUCAUGUGUUUGAACACUGGCUAUCCGUGCAAAUGUUUGACCGAUGGCAAUCCGUGUGAACCAUGUAGGAUGACGGCCAAAGACAGGGAAACAGAGGAGGCCCACCUGUCCAACAACAUCAAUGCAGUGGGCCAAGUGGGGAACGCAUGUGAGCCUGAGCUGAACAUCUCUUCCAGUGGAGUUGCGAGGGAACGGGUCAGAAACUGGGGAUGGGGGCUGUCUGCGAUCAUUUGUGUAAACAUCUUGAUCCUGGGCUGCGCCUUGGUCAGCGGCAGUGCGUAUAACUACGUCAACAUCGGCAGUUCUGACCUGCAGGUUUUCCUCAUCAUCCUCCUCCUCCUCACCUCCAUCUGGAUGAUUUAUUAUGCCAUCUACACAGCUAGGAAAGAAGAUGCUGUUACGUACAAGGAUGGCCAUGCUGGACCCCUGUGGCUCCGGGGAGGACUUGUGGUAUUUGGACUCCUCGGUAUUCUCAUGGACAUUUUCAAGAUAGCCAGCUAUGCUGGCUACCUCCACUGUGAUUCUGCUGUUAAGGUUGCUUUCCCUGUGGUGCAAGUUGUUUUUAUACUUGUGCAGACAUACUUCAUGUGUAUCCAUUCCAAGGACUGUGUGCAGCUACAAAAGAACAUCACACGCUGUGGGCUGAUGCUCACCCUCUCCACAAAUCUAGUUUUGUGGAUGACUGCAGUCACCGAGGAGUCCCUUCACCAAACAACUGUUCCUGACUAUUCGAGCAACGUCACUAAACUCUCUGGACGAAGCCUGUUCAUCCAUAAAGCAAGUUACGGCAGCGAUAAGUGCAAGUGUAGCCACACUUCAUGCAGCAUCUUCAAGGAGGCCUACUACUACCUGUACCCCUUCAAUAUCGAGUACAGUCUCUUUGCCUCUGCCAUGGCCUAUGUCAUGUGGAGAAAUGUUGGUCGAGUGUCAGAAGAACACGGCCACCACGACAUAAAAUUCCGUCUCAGGGAUGUACUUCUCGGUCCUGUGGCGGGUUUUCUCUUGGUGAUUGCAGGUCUGGCAACCUUCAUUGUGUACGAGAUGGAAAUGAAGAAGGACAACAGCAAUGGCAAGAAAGAUACAUUUCUGAUGAUGCACUUUGUCAUGAAUAUAGUGAUAGUAACCCUGAUGUCCGUGUCCACUGUGAUCGGCUAUGCCGUCUACAAGGUGGACCACAGAGAGCACAUGACAGAGAAAAACCCCACUCGCAGCCUGGAUGUGGGGCUGCUGGUGGGUGCCUCGUUGGGACAAAUCAUCAUCAGCUAUUUCACUAUUGUAGCUAUGGUGGCAACUGAAGCCAAAGGCUACUUGGACAGGCUCAACCUGGCCUGGGGUAUCCUGAUGGUGAUGCAGAUCGGCCUGCAGAACCUUUUCAUAGUCGAAGGGCUUCACCGAGAGCCCUUCCACGAGGUGCACCCGGUCACUGUGGUUGCAAAUCCAUACGUGCUGCAGCCAGGCAAAGAGCUGGGCAGCCUUGAAGGAAAAGACAUGGACACCAAGGCGAGCCCAGUACUCACAGAGCGAAGCCUGCACAGCCACACGACUGAACACAGACCCAAACUGUCAUGGAAGAGACGGGUGUUGAAGGAGGUCUGUGCGUUUCUUCUGCUGGCCAAUGUCAUACUGUGGAUCAUGCCAGCAUUCGGUGCUCGUCCCCAGUUUGACCACUCCACCGAAGCUAAAUUCUACAAGUUCAACAUGUGGGCCGCUGUCGUGAAUGUCGGACUUCCUUUUGGCAUUUUUUACCGCAUGCAUUCAGUUGCCAGUCUGUUUGAAGUGUUCCUCACCUCAUAACACUGAAGGGGGGACAAAAUGUGUACAGCCAAACUGUUAUGACAUUAUAAAACCGUUUUGUAUAAAUUGUAGUUUGUUUGGAUGAUGCUUUUGUGACGUAGGUACUGACUGACAACAUUACUUUGAUGUUUCUCAGUAUGUUAUAGUCUGUAUAUUUGACCAUGUAAAUGUAUUCAAAAUGUUAUUUUCAGAGGUAAAAAAAAAAAAAAAACAGUAGUUGUGAAGUUUAUCUUGUUUCAUGCCUCAUACUCUGUUUGUACAAAAUAAAGAUGAGCAAUAAAAUGCAUGAGUGAAUAGUUGUGUGUUAUUGUUAUUGGUAUUAAUA